CUAAAAUAAAUGCCGUCCUUCAUCACCCUUCAACCCAACCCAACCCAACCAACGGUAACCAAAUCAAACAAAAUCAAAGCAACAAUGAAAAACCAAUUCUGUUCUGUCCUUUGAACCUGUCUUUGUUCUGACCAGUUAGUUUCCCGCGUCAUCAUUAAUUAUUCUUUUCUUUCCUUCCUUCUUCCCUCCCUCCCACUCCUUCUCCAAAUUCUCUUUCCUCAACACCUUUUCAUAACAAACUUAACUUACUAUUACUCUUUAUUCUCCAAAAUUUUCAACCAUGUCCAUCCUCUUCUUCCUCCUUCUCUUCAUCUCUUUCCACACCCCCUCUUUUUCUCAAACACCCCCCAAAGGCUUCCUCAUCAACUGCGGCACCCUCACAACAACCCAAAUCAACAACCGUACAUGGCUUCCCGAUUCAAACUUCAUCACCACCGGCACACCCAAAAACAUAACCACCCAAGUCCUUCUCCCAACUCUCAAAACCCUUCGUUCAUUCCCUCUCCAAGUUAAAAAACACUGCUACAAUAUUCCUGUGUAUCGCGGUGCAAAAUAUAUGAUACGUACUACUUAUUUCUACGGUGGAGUCAACGGUGUUGAUCAUCCUACGCCGCCGGUGUUUGAUCAGAUCAUUGAUGGAACGUUAUGGAGUGUGGUGAAUACUACGGUGGAUUAUGCUAAUGGAAACUCGAGUUUUUAUGAAGGGGUAUUUUUGGCUGUGGGGAAGUUUAUGAGUUUUUGUAUCGGGUCGAAUAGUUAUACGGAUUCUGACCCGUUUGUUUCUGCUUUGGAGUUUUUGAUUCUUGGAGAUUCCUUGUAUAAUACCACUGAUUUUAACAACUUUGCUAUUGGUUUGGUUGCUAGAAAUAGCUUUGGUUACUCCGGACCAAGCAUAAGAUAUCCUGAUGAUCAGUUUGACCGUAUCUGGGAGCCAUUUGGACAGAGUAAUUCAACCAAAGCAAACACUGAGAAUGUUUCUGUUUCUGGCUUUUGGAAUCUUCCACCUUCAAAAGUAUUUGAAACACAUCUAGGAUCUGAACAAUUAGAAUCCUUGGAAUUGAGAUGGCCUACCGCGUCACUUCCAAGCUCCAAAUACUACAUCGCUCUAUACUUUGCUGACAACACUGCUGGAUCAAGAAUUUUUAACAUAAGUGUAAAUGGUGUGCAUUAUUACCGUGAUUUGAAUGCGAUCGCUUCAGGCGUUGUUGUCUUUGCCAACCAAUGGCCUCUUUCUGGUCCUACAACAAUAACUUUGACUCCAUCUGCUAGUUCAUCCUUGGGCCCCUUAAUUAAUGCCGGCGAAGUCUUUAAUGUGCUGUCUCUUGGAGGAAGAACUUCCACUCGAGACGUUAUUGCUUUGCAAAGGGUAAAAGAGAGCCUCCGAAAUCCUCCACUUGAUUGGAGUGGUGAUCCUUGCGUGCCUCGGCAAUACUCAUGGACCGGUAUCACAUGCUCCGAAGGGCUCCGUAUCCGUAUAGUGACUUUAAAUUUGACAAGUAUGGAUCUUUCAGGAUCUUUAUCGUCUUUUGUUGCCAAUAUGACAGCUCUCACUAACAUCUGGCUUGGGAAUAACAGUUUGUCUGGACAGAUCCCUAACCUCAGUUCACUAACGAUGUUGGAGACAUUGCACUUGGAAGAGAAUCAAUUCAGUGGAGAGAUUCCCUCAUCCCUAGGGAACAUCAGCAGCUUAAAAGAAGUAUUUUUACAAAACAACAAUUUAACUGGUCAAAUUCCGGCAAAUCUCCUUAAACCAGGACUGAGCAUCAGAACUUCCGGAAACAAUUUCUUGUCACCUCCAGCACCUUGAGGGAUUUGCUUAGUCCCUACUAUGGUAGAGAUAAAGAAUUUUUUCUCUUCAAGAUUUUUUUGUGCUUAGAUUGUUCUGAUUUUGGUGGAAGUUCUUCGUUUUCAACUCGUAAACCGAAGAUCAAACUUCAAUUCAACCUUCUCUCGCUGUAGAGCAUACAGCUUUAUUGUUUUUGACUUGGAGUGUACUUUCAUAUUAGUGGAACAGAUUCUUUCAACUUUGGCUCUCAGUUCCUUGAAAGUUGGAAUGUUCUGUGAAUUUGUAUCUUGCAUAUCAUUGUAUAGGCAUUAUUUAUUAUUUGAUUAAAAAAUUUAAUGCUGUUUUUUUGUUUGUCAUUUUUCAUAA